ACUACGAGCGCUCGGUGCUAGUAAGGUGGGCGACGGAACAAGGACUUCUUCUGCGUCUUCAACUCCAGGAGACACGACCGGUAAUCAUGGCAAUACAGAAGAUGCUAGUAGAGAAGACAAACCGGACUUCACGAAGGACAUCGCAGCCAACGUGGCGCUGCAGCUUCCUACCGCUUGUGUUCAGGACGACACGCGGCUAAAGAAGACGUUCGUGCAGCUGUACAACACAGCUGGAGUCGCAUUGCACGACAGAUGGUCUGCUGCGGAUUUGGUAGUCUAUGUACUCAAGCACAAAGUGCCUCCACGUGGCAACCUGGAACAGCCGUCUGUAGGCACCGCUGCGAUGGCUGUGUUGGUUGUCAUAGGCCUCCUCACUUUUUUCGGUGUUGCAGCCAUGGGGGUCUACUGCUGCCGUGCGUCCUCGGCAGCGCGAAACGGCAUCUACGAGGAGGAACUCGAGGGAGAAGAUGAUCCUGGAAAAGAAGGGCAAGAAUGUACUAUGCAUGGAGAAAACUACGCUCAGAAUCGAGGAGCUUACGAUGUUGAUCAAGACGGUUGGAAUCUAGAUUUCUAUCAGGGAGAUCCUGGCUCCCCGUUAGGCGAGGGCUCACCGAUCUGCGCGCAGGAGGAUGCCUUUUCGUUUGCACCGGAUGAGGAUCAUCCUACAAUGUACUAUCACGAAGAUGAAGCUCGGCACUGGGAGGACCCGGGUCACAUCAUACAUCACCUUGACGGCUUUGGUCCGCCGAGUCAUUUUAAUGAUCAGCGCAGCCCCCACACGGAGUACGAUAUUAAUCAACAUGAACAUCCUCCUCGUCACGCAGAACCAUUCUACCACGAUUUUUCGGAUCCUUACCAGGAUCACAGUCAUGCUAGUGCAACAGCUCCCACGUUCACGUAUUCGCAUGGCAUGAUCAACCAUGAACAAAGAGGAUAUGCAGAUCAACGUGUCUAUCAUGAUCAAUAUAAUGGAGCGCGCUUUGAUGAGCUGCCGGGUGUUCAUGAUCAGCAGCACUUAUUUCCAUUUAUAGCUCCACACGAUCCGAUGGCGCCACUCUGCCCCAGUGAUGUAGUUCUGCACACUGCCCCCUGUGGGGAAACAGCAGAUAGAGUUCGAGUCAUUCACCGGGAAGAGCUCCAAUCUCCGGGAACUGUUCUGCAAUCCGCAACGAGAUCGAUUCCACAGACCCGAAUCGAUCAUGAUGUGGUCGUCAACGUGGAAAGACAGCACAAUCAACAGCCGCCUCCUCCAAUCACGUCUUCUAGCAGGAGCUCUUCUAUGAUGUACUACCAUGAUCAAGUUGUUGCGGCGCCUCGACCACAACGGACGAUGAGACAGGAAGAUGAAGAAGCGAAGCAAAGGAUAGCACCAGCUAGUCGCGUCUUGCAAAAUGGUCUAGAAGUUUCCCAAGCGUCAUCUCCUUCACCUGAAACAUCGGAUAUUCCUGCGAUUCCCACAGAAACCGGCGAUGAAUACCACGGGAAUGAGAUUGGUAGAAGUAGGGAAGUAAUUACGCGGCAGGCUAGAGAAGUGCGCACUGGCACUACGACCACCGCCAAGGAGAAGGACCUGGACCGCCACGACCGUCCCAGGCCGUUAAUGGCUAGGGAGAGCGAAAGCCGAGUAGUGCAUUUAGUGAGACCCACCUUUCAACCGACAGAACAAGAUUAUGAGCAUCAUGGUCAGAGACUUUCUGCGCCACGAGAAGCUGUGCGGGGCAGAGGAACGACGUUGGCCUCCAAGACAGAUACAACUGGUGCUAGAACAAUGGUACUGGGGAAAUGUAGUCCAAGAGGUGCACGACGAGCAGUUGAACAAGAGGAAGCAGAUAAGAGAGCUUCGCCACCGAUCCAACGAAAGACGAUAGCGCCGUCUCCGGGUCUCUCGUCCCCUCCCAAGCGCCAUCAUCCUCUUCGUGUUUCAGAUGGUAUUGCUUCGAGGUCGCGGCGCACCUCAUCGGAGGAUAAUAACACUAUCAAAACUAGUAGACCAAAAGAACAAAAUACAACAAAUAGGAACAAGACUCGUGAAGAAAGAACAACUACGAACAAGAAACGUUCUCAAAGUGUAGCACAACAAGAACGGCCACAUCUUCCAGAGAAGAAAAAUGAAAAUGAAACAUUGUGGUUUUAUUCCGACCGACAAGGUGAAGUGCGUGGUCCUUUUUCGACCGAUAAGAUGCGUCGAUGGUGGUUGCGCAAGAAACUUUCGCGCCACCUAUGGGUCAAACCCCCACGUGUAUGGAGAGACAAGCUGAGUAGGCUGAGCCCCCGCAUCGCAAAGCGAUUCCAGGAGAUGCCACAAGAGCAUCAGGGUUAUCUGCCUAUUCGUGAACUAUUCGCGGAUGAUCUGGAAGCAGCGUUUGAUUUGCGAAAACUUGGGAUGACGUGAUACCUAGCUUUCUUAGCCAUCGUCAAUGUGGACGAUCAUUUUUCUUUCGAAGAAUCUCCUGCACCUGUGUAAGAAAGACAUUUACAUACAAAUUUCUCGUCUACAAUUACGUCAUGAAGGUUGGACAAAUAAUAGAACUGCUUGUCUUCCUUGUGGUAAAAUCCAUUAGACCAAUUGGGUCACAAGACAAUACGAGUGCUACUAUCGCAUGCAAACGCAAAACACUGUGGGUGCUUCACUAUGUUUGAAGACACCUUCUUUGUACUUGCUGUGACUGAUGUGAAAUGUUUUUUACUACGCUGUACGAUAUCUAUUACUAAGGG